UAAGUAAUCCGUUUGACAAAAAAAAAAAAAUGAUUAAGAAGAAGAAGGAGAAGAAAAGGCAUGGGGGAAACACAGGUCAGAGAACUGAGAAGAAGGAAAAGAACAGCAAAGGCACCCACCUGACCUAACAUAACCAAACAAACCCCUCACCCCAAUUCGCGUUUUCCUCUUCUCUCCUUUCUUCUGGAUUUCUCUCUGAGUUCACCUUCUCCGAAUCGGCUUUAGUCUUCUUCAUUCACCGCGAAAUUCAUUGUAGCGGAUCUGACUUGGGUUUUGGGCGGUCUGCAGACACUGCAUGCGUAUGGGGAAGAAAUUCUACCCAUUCGGUUGAGACUCCUGGAUAUCUGUUUGGAAUUAAACUUAUCACACUCACUUUGGUCAUAAUGUGGCCCAUAUAUUUGCUAUUCAACAAGAUUCUCAAGACUGGAGAUGAGAGAGAACUAAGACGAGAUCAUUUGAAUGCGAUAGAUCCAUACCUCUUUCAGCAGCCAUCAUGUAACAUAGAUUCCCAUCCUCCCUCCUUGCUCUGUUCACACUUCCCUGAAGUACCGCAUGUAAACCAAAUUUAUACAUGGGAUUGUGGCCUUGCUUGUGUCUUGAUGGUUUUGAAAACUAUUGGUGUCAACAACUACGAUAUUCAAGCACUGGCUGAACUAUGCUGCACGAAUAGCAUUUGGACUGUUGAUUUGGCAUAUUUAUUACAGAGAUUUUCUGUCACUUUUUCCUACUUCACGGUGACCUUUGGUGCAAAUCCAAACUAUUGUGUUGAAUCAUUUUACAAGGAGGAGCUGCCUAAUGAUCUUGUGAGAGUGGAUUUACUAUUUCAAAAAGCAAUGGAAGCUGGGAUUGAUAUACAGUGCAGGUCAAUUAGUGCAGAAGAGAUUUCUAUUCUCGUAUUAUCUGGGAAAUAUAUUGCUAUUGCAUUAGUUGACCACAACAAAUUGAGUCCUGUUUGGCAAGAAGGUGUUCCUGUGCCUGGUGUCGCCAACAACCCUGGCUAUACAGGUCAUUAUGUGUUGAUAUGUGGCUAUGAUGCUAGAGCGGAUAUGUUUGAGAUUAGAGAUCCUGCCAGCUCUAAGAAGCACAAGAGGAUUUCUUCAAAGUCUUUAGAAGAAGCUCGCAAAACCUUUGGCACUGAUGAGGAUCUUCUUUUGAUAUGUUUGGAGAAGAGCAAUAAUCAUCAUCAAUCUUCUCUGCAACUGUCCAUUGAUGUCAAUAGUGAUUAUUGAUUUUCUUGUUUCGCAAUAAUUUGUCAGUUUCAUUGCUGUUUUUUUUUUUUGCAUAUAUUACAUAUUCCUUGUGUAUUUUAGUAGCUACAGUCUAUUAUUUAUUUAUAUUCCCAGUAUAAACCUCUUGAUAGGUUUAGUUUGGGCUAUAUGUAUUGUGUAUGUUUACUCCAAACUGUAUAGUAACCAUAAAUUCAUUUUAAUGGAAUGUAAACCAUGUGUCCUUUCUCGGAAA